AUGAUCUUGAUCUAUAAGAAGGUGAAGAAACAUAAUGAGAAGAAGAGGUUAGAAGCUCAGCGGUUGAAGUCGGGGGCUGAGCAACAGGAAGAGUUGGCGAUUAUCAAUCGCGAAAGUGUCGUCCCUGAACAGUCCGUUUCUGGAGCACAUGUGCCUGAAGCUCCUGUCUUCGAGGCUCCAGUCUCCGAAGCUCCUGUUUCCGAAGCAACAAAUGAGAAAAAGGAACUGUCACCAGAAGAGAAGGCUGAGAAGAAACGCAGGAGAACUUAUCGAUAUAAGCUCAUUCUUGGUCUAUUUGGUCCUUUCCUACUCCAAUCUUUGGAUACCACUAUCAUUGCCUCUGCAUUGCCAUAUAUUGCAAAGGAUUUCAACCAGCUUAGCCAGUUGAACUGGAUCAUAUCAUCUUUCAAUCUCACCUCCGCCGCAUCACUAUUCUUCUGGGCCCAACUCACAGACCUAUUCGGUAGACACAAUACACUUCAGUCUGCGGUAGCUACCAUGGUACUUGGUUCAGCUAUUUGUACCGGGUCCCCAACUUCAAAAUUCAGUGUUCUUCUCCUAGGUCGAGCCCUACAAGGUGUUGGUGCAGCCGGUGUCAGCAUAUCCGUCCGCACAAUCCUCGCAGAUGGUGUCUCAUUAUCAGAAUUCGCAACCAACUGGACCAUCUUUGCUCUUGUAGCAGGUGUGGGAUUCAGUAUUGGUCCUGUCAUAGGUGGAUACCUUACAUCCGCCUCAUGGCGCUGGUGUUUCGCUAUAAACCUACCUAUCGGCAUACUAGCCAUGAUCAUAGUUGCUUUCAUUCUGCGCAAAGAUCUACAAGGACCAUCGCCGCUUCCACAAAUUGAAGGCUUAAAUCUAUCGACUGCGCCACGUCGAUUUAUUGUUCGUAUUCUGACCAUUGAUUUUGGUGGUCAGAUGUUGUUCCUUUGGGGUUUUGGUUUGCUUAUUCUUGCUUUUACUUGGGCAGGUGGUAAUUAUUCUUGGAGCUCAGCUGCUGUCCUGGCUCCGAUUAUUAUCGGUGCUGUCUUGGCUGUUGCGUGGGUUGUGUAUGAACGACUUAUGAUUCCUGGUUCUUUUAUGGCGAGGGCUUUACCACGUCAGAAGGCUAUGAUGCCUUGGGAGCUUUUUUCACAGCGAGAUAUUAGUUUGCUUUUCCUUAUCAAUUUCUCGAUGGGUGUUUCCAUGUUUGCGGUUAUGUAUUUCAUGGAUUUGUACUUUGAUCUUGUGGAAGGGAAAAGCUCUAGCACCGCUGGAACGUCUUUGCUAUAUUUCCUUCCUGGGUUAGGUGUUGGCGCGUACGCGGCUAUGUUUUCUUCUAACGUCUGGCCCCGCCAAACCUUUCCUACCCUUCUACUAGGCUCUAUUGCUUCCGCAGUGGGGAUAACUGUCUUAGCCUACGCUGUCCAUGCUGCCGAAACCAACGUUAUAUACGGCAUGAUGGCAGUUGUCGGCUUUGGUGUUGGAAGCCGUAUGAAUCCUGCCUCGUUGCACGGACUGGCCUACUUUCCUGCCAUGACGGCUCAAAUAACCAGUUUGGUUUCGUUUGCGCUUCCAUUUGGUGGUUUGGUGGGUUUGACUAUCAUGACAACGGUCUUUACGAAUAAAAGUGGUUCAGGAGAAAUGAAUGCUAGGAGCGGGAUUAUGUGGGCGUUUAUUGCCAUGAUACCGUUCAUGUGGAUUGCGGUAGUUUUGACUACCUUAUUGGGGAAUGUGUGGAUAUUGAAGGAUGGUGGUCAUGAAGUUGUUUGUGGGGCUUAUCUUUGGAGUUUUGUUACUCGGAAACCACUUGUUAGAGAGAGGAGAGAUCGGGGACAGAAUGCAGAGUCGAAUGACCAGGAGAGAGAAAUUAUGGAUGAUGUUGAGAUGGGCUCUGUGACUGGUGCUGGCAUCGAUGCGAGAACCGAGAGGUGA